AGGUUUAUGGUCUGUAGCUAACAGACUGUCAGACAGAAUAAUAUAAAUAUCACCAGGAAAUCAUUUAAAGUUGACUGUUACCUUAUGUGAUUUCCCUAAAUCUGUGAGUUGAUCAGUGACAACGCCUGGACAAGAUGGCUUCUGUAUACAUGUUGUCUGGAGAAUACCAAGAUCAGAUCGAACACAUCCACAAACAACUACAACAUAAACUAGUUGGGAAUCAUGUACUAAUUGGGUCACAUUCACAGAACAUUGGUUGUCUGAAUGUCAAGACUAUUACAGAGGUAUACCUCCAGUUACACAACCAGUACAAGUUGUAUCGCAAUGAACGGGAAACCAUGCUUAAUCAGGAGGAUCAACUCAUUAUAGUACAGCUCUGCAUGGCUGAAAGAAAUAAGAAGGAAUUUGGAUCAUUUGAAGUCGAUGUCAGUGCAGUGCUUGAAGCCCAUACAAAGUUGACCAAACACAUGCUUAAUCCUACUGAAUAUGAACUGUCUGAUGACCUGAGGCCUGUUAGUGACUUAUAUGCAAGUUUCAUGAAGGAAUGUAAUAUGUUAGACUGGUACACAUUGUUCAGCAGAGUAAAAAAAGCCAUGGAAAGUGAUGAGAAACUCAAAGAAAAUCUUGCCUCUAUGAGUGUCUUAGCAUGUGGAAUCCCCCGAAGUGAAAUUGAGAAAGCAAUGUUUCUACAUCUAUGCACUGAUAAGGCAUGUGAAGCUGUAGAGGUAGAGACACCCUUGGAUGGCUCAGCCAGUGAUGUUAAAGUUAACUUAUUGCCUACUUCAUUGAUAGAGGGACUGGAGAAAGAUGUAAACGCAAACUCAGCCACCCACCCUCAGUCAGUCACAGAGAUUUAUGCAACAAGUGUGUUCCUGGCAUACAUCCAUCUGCUGGUGAAUUCUCGGAGUGAGUUGUCUCUUGCCAGAGCUGUAAAUGUCCCUGAUAGGGGAAUCGACCAUGCUGCCUUCACAGACCUUAAGAGGGUAUCUAAGCAGAAAAAUAUGCCAAUGUAUCAGACUGCAGCCUCUUAUAUCAUGAGGAUUCGCCUUGGUGGUAAAAGUUACGCCCCUGACGUUAACUGUCCAUUGAGGAACCAUGUGAAAGGACUUGGGGAAUUCACUGACUUCCUUCAUAAGCUGCAAUGUAUCGUUGAAGAGAACCCAAAUACAAGUGCUGCGGUGAGGAAAGUAAUUAACAACAUUAAGAUUGUUAUCCUAAAAAGUAGAGAUACAGGACUAAGAGCAGUUAGUGUAGAAAAUGUAGCCAACUGGUUGAUGAAAGUAGCCCAGGACUUGAUUGAUGAAACAUUAUCCAAAACAGAUGGUAGCAGUCCCAGUAGGGCUGUUAGUGAGGGAGGGAGUACAGUUGGAAGAAAAACUCUCAACAUUCUUCGCUUUAUCAUCAAUCAAGCAUCCUCCCAGCCAGAUACUUCCAACCAUGUUAGCCUUCUAACUGAUCACUUCUCAAGCCAGAAAACUCCAGUGCGUUUCCCAUCUCUCAUGUCAAAAUUCAGAUCACCAGAGGCUGAUGCUGAAUCUCCAGAACAUGCAGAGAAUAAGUCCCUCUUGGACCGAGCAGUCAGUAAUGUUUUAUCUGGCUCUUGUGAUGAGAAGGCACAGGGAUUGCCUAGGUUCAAGUCUUGCAUGGACUGGGCGAAACCUCUUCAUGAUGUAGGCAUUAGGAGUACCACCGGUGAUGAUAUAUACCCGCUACAAAGUGAUACCUUCAUACAAUGUAAGACUGUGGUCCACUCUGGAGACAACUCCUCCAUGUCCAAAAAAGCAAAGAGAGUGUUAGAGUCCCUACAUGACCAAGAGAACCAGGAGACGUCAACUGAGAAUGCAAUCACUGAGAAAACAAAUAACGAUGCUACAGCCAGUUCUGUAAAUAAUAUAAACAAAGAUAAUGGUGCUCCUAUUCGAAGUAAAUCAAACAAUGCAGGAAAGUCAGACAAUGCAGGAAAGGGCAAAAGAAAAUUGCCUGCAUCAUCUAGUCAGCCAGCGAAGAAGGUGAAAAAAUCAGCGACAUCAAAAUCAUCAAAACUCAAGGAUAAACCAUUGCUGAAGGGACAACAAGUAAUGACACAGUUUUUCAGAUUAUGAUUAGUUUUGGAAAUGACUACAUCUGAUGUAAAGUAUAGGUUUAUUCAAGUUGUAAUGACAGUGAACUCAUGUCUUAGUAUUAUUACAUAGGAAAAUGAUCUACAGUACUUGUAUGUUUUUAUUAUGUAUAUUUAUGUAAAUUGUUUUAUUUGCAGUGGACUACUUAUUGUGAAUCAACAUUUACUUAAUGUGUUAAGGUGCUUAUUUUUUUGUGAAGCCACU